ACUUCCGGUGCCUAUUCCAUUUCCGGCUCGCGGUUCUUAGGAAGGCGGCGUGUGUUGCGGGUGGGUUCGAGGGCUGUGUACCUCGCUGUUGGGAUUCCCGGAGCUGCGGACUCAGAGCUGAGCAGACACAAAGGUUAUUUGAAGAAAAUAAUCAUACUUCGUGGCUGCAUACAGUUUCUGUUACCCAGACAUGGAUAUCAGACCAAAUCAUACAAUUUAUAUCAACAAUAUGAAUGAUAAAAUUAAAAAAGAAGAAUUGAAGCGAUCCCUGUAUGCGCUGUUUUCUCAGUUUGGGCAUGUGGUAGAUAUUGUGGCUUUAAAGACCAUGAAGAUGCGAGGCCAGGCCUUUGUAAUAUUUAAAGAACUGGGCUCAUCUACAAAUGCCUUGAGACAGUUGCAAGGAUUCCCAUUUUAUGGUAAACCAAUGCGAAUCCAGUAUGCAAAAACCGAUUCUGAUAUAAUAUCUAAAAUGCGUGGCACUUUUGCUGACAAGGAAAAGAAAAAAGAAAAGAAAAAAGCCAAAACUGUGGAACAGACUGCAACCACUGCAAACAAAAAGCCUGGCCAGGGAACAUCUACAGCUAAUACCCAAGGAAAUGCAGCACCAAAUCCUCAGGUCCCUGAUUACCCUCCAAACUAUAUUUUAUUCCUUAAUAAUUUACCAGAAGAGACUAAUGAGAUGAUGUUAUCCAUGCUGUUUAAUCAGUUCCCUGGUUUUAAGGAAGUACGUCUGGUACCUGGAAGGCAUGACAUUGCUUUUGUGGAAUUUGAAAAUGAUGGGCAGGCUGGAGCUGCCAGGGAUGCACUACAAGGGUUUAAGAUCACACCAUCCCAUGCAAUGAAGAUCACCUAUGCCAAGAAAUAACCUCGGGAUGGGCAUCUUGAAGAGACUUGUGUUAUUUAUGGUGUUUGUUUUGGUAACAUUUGGUCAGGCCAUUUUAAUGGGUGGAGGUAGACGCGAAGUAAAAGUGAAAUUUUUGUGAAAGACUUCAAUCGUCUAGUUUUUCUUUAGCCUUAGUGAAGUGUAAUAUGAAUGCCUUAAUUUUGUACAAUAAACUUUGAUUUGUAUUCUGGAUAUA